AUGGCCCUCACACUCCGAUCUACACCCCUCGAAUCGUCUCCACCCAAAAACCACACCCUCUCCAACCCACGCCUCGAAGAGCAGAAGACCAACCACAAAUGUCCCUUCAACAUCCCCACCUGUCCCGGGUGUAUCCCUCCCAAAACCCCUCCAAGCCACGACCACUCCCUCCGCCUCCAACACGAACUCAUCUUCUGGCAAGCCAUGGCCGACGUCUCCGGCCUCAAAAGCCCUCAACUAGAAUGGGCGCAGCUGAAGCAAAGCUUCGUCUCCUCGUACUGGUCCAUGGGCGUCAUGACCUCCUCGAAAGCCUUCCUGCACGUCUUCCAGUGGCUGGCGCCGCAGUCGGAUGCCAUGAACGCUUCGCGGGAUGCGCUGUGCCUUAUUCAUCUGGGGGUGAGGUAUCGGGAUGAACGACUGCUGCUGGAGGGCCGGACGAGGCAUAUCGCUGCGUUGAGACACACGCAGGCGGCGAUUAGCCAGCCCAAUGCGGCGCUGGACGAUUGUGUUCUUGGAGCGAGCUAUACCCUGGGUCAUUGUGAGAUGUACUCGGUCAUCAGUCAGAACGGCAAAGGCUGGCGUGGACAUACGGGACCUUUCCAACGCAUUCUGCAGGUCCGCGGUCCGAAAUCUUUUGUCACGCCGUUUGCGCAUGCGCUGUUGCAGAAUAUCCGGAUGGUGGAAGUGGCGACGAGUUUCCUGAAUCGAAAGGCUUCAUAUCUCGCAACGCCGGAGUGGAUCGCAGCUGCGAAGCAGAACCACGAUAGCCUUGCCUUUCACGCGACUAAUAUGGCUCUGAAGACUGGUGCGGCUUUGGAGAAAGCAGAUCAACUAUGUGCUUCGCCUGAACCGCCCGAAGCGGAGAUCGUGGUCAUGUUGAAUGAUAUGAUGGAGCUUGAUUUGGGUCUGAAGAAUUGGCUAAUCGAGGCGGAUCGGUGGUCUGGUGGCGAUUUCAUCCCUCACAAGCGUGUGCCGACUUCGACACACACCUCUUUCUACGAUCGCUGCGGCGGACUGGCUGAUGUGUUUCCGGUCGCUAUCGAGUUUUCUUCCUUUGUGAGCGCCACGAGCCAUAUAUACAUAUGGACAUCCCUCCUGCUCCUCCGGCAAGCGAUAGCGGAUGUCGCUUGCUUGUAUCCGUAUCCCCUGCUCGCGGCAGUUCACCAAGAUCAAGAGGCCAUGCUCAAUGCCUCGAUCGACGAGUGCGCUACAUCUCUGUGUCAGUCCGUUGCAUUUCUAUCCCAGGGCAACCAUGGAUUCGCUGGGGUCAUUUCUUGUGGAGCGCCGCUGCACUUCAGCUCUGAAUGGUUCAGAAAGAAGCAACAGCAGAGGAGGCUUCUAUGGGCCAACCACGUAAGGGAGUUCUUGCAGAGGGACAUUCUCCUGGGCGGCUCCCUCAACACAUCUUUGGAUCUGGCGAAGCCUGUCUUUACCUGGUGGAUGCUUCCGGACAUCUUCUCGGAUUCUGUCGAUACAGAGGCCACCGACAAGGGUCGUACCGAGAACGUAUCAAUCACUGAAGAAGAGGAGCAGCAGCCGUAG